AUGUACGUGAAAAAGUACCUGCUGAAGUGCCUGCACCGGCUGCAGAAGGGCCCCGGCUACACCUAUAAGGAGCUGCUGGUGUGGUACUGCGACAACACCAACACCCACGGCCCCAAGCGCAUCAUCCGCGAGGGGCCCAAGAAGAAGGCCAUGUGGUUCCUGAUCACGCUGCUCUUCGCCUCGCUCGUCUGCUGGCAGUGGGGCGUCUUCAUCAAGACCUACCUGAGCUGGGAGGUCAGUGUCUCCCUCUCCAUGGGCUUCAAGGCCAUGGACUUCCCCGCCGUCACCAUCUGCAAUGCCAGCCCCUUCCGGUAUUCCAAAGUCAGACAUUUGCUCAAGGACUUGGAUGAGCUGAUGGAGGCGGUCCUGGCGAGGAUCCUGGCUCCCGAGUCACGCCAGGCCAACACCACCGCGGCCAUGAACCUCUCCACGUGGAACUACACACCCCUGGUCCUCAUCGAUGAGCGCGACCCCCACCACCCAGUGGUCCUCGACCUCUUUGCCAACGACCCCACCGGUUCGGCAAGCAGCGGCCCGGCGCCACGAGGGGCCUGCAAUGCCCAGGGGUGUAAAGUGGCCAUGAGAUUAUGCAGCCUCAACGGGACCUCGUGCACAUUCCGGAACUUCACCAGCGCUACCCAGGCCGUGACCGAGUGGUACGCCCUGCAGGCCACCAACAUCUUCUCGCAAGUGCCGCAGCGGGAGCUGGUGGAGAUGGGCUACUCCGCGGAACGGCUCAUCCUGGCCUGCCUGUUCGGGGCAGAGCCCUGUAGCUACCGGAACUUCACGUCCAUCUUCUAUCCGGAUUACGGCAACUGUUACGUCUUCAACUGGGGCAUGACGGAGAAGGCGCUGCCCUCGGCCAACCCGGGGACCGAAUUUGGCCUGAAGCUGAUCCUGGACAUCGGCCAGGAAGACUACGUCCCCUUCCUGGCGUCCACGGCCGGCGUCCGGCUCAUGCUGCACGAGCAGCGCUCCUACCCCUUCAUCCGCGAGGAGGGCGUCGACGCUAUGUCGGGGACGGAGACGUCCAUCGGGGUGCUGGUGGACAAGCUGCAGCGCAAGGGCGAGCCCUACAGCCCGUGCACGGUAAACGGCUCUGACGUCCCGGUGCAGAACCUCUACAGCGGCUACAACACCACCUACUCCAUCCAGGCCUGUCUUCACUCCUGCUUCCAAACCCAGAUGAUCGCCAGCUGCCAAUGCGGCCAUUAUCUGUACCCGCUGCCCCGCGGGCAGGAAUACUGCAACAGCCGGGACUUCCCGGACUGGGCCCCUUGCUACUUGGCUCUGCGGAUGAGCGAGGCCGAGAGAGAGACGUGCAUCCGCAUGUGCAAGGAGUCCUGCAAUGACACCCAGUACAAGAUGACCAUCUCCAUGGCCGACUGGCCUUCCGAGGCCUCUGAGGACUGGAUCUUCCAUGUGUUAUCUCAGGAGCGGGACCAGAGCACCAACGUCACUUUGAGCAGGAAGGGAGUUGUCAAACUCAACAUCUACUUCCAAGAAUUCAACUACCGCACCAUCGAGGAAUCGGCCGCCAACAACAUCGUCUGGCUGCUCUCCAAUCUGGGUGGCCAGUUUGGCUUCUGGAUGGGGGGCUCCGUGCUGUGUCUCAUCGAGUUUGCCGAGAUCAUCAUUGACUUCGUGUGGAUCACCAUCAUCAAGCUGGUGGCCCUGGCCAAGGGCCUGCGGCAGAGGCAAGCCCAGGCUCGCUACGCCGGCCCCCCGCCCACCGUAGCCGAGCUGGUGGAGGCGCACACCAACUUCGGCUUCCAGCCGGAUGCAGGCCACCGCAGCCCCGACGCUGAGGCCUACCCCGACGAGCAGGCCCUACCUAUCCCAGGCACCCCGCCCCCCAACUACGACUCCCUGCGCCUGCAACCGCUGGAUGUGGUUGAGUCUGACAGCGAGGGUGAUGCCGUCUAG